CACAUUAUUAUAGCAACAUUGCUUAGCCUACAGCGUGUGAUGGAUAAGGAGGGGGCCAUGUUGGAGGGGAUUUUACCCCAGAUGCCCCCACCCUUGACCCUUCUGGGGGUGGCGGUGGUGCUGUUUUUGUUCUACCUGCUCUCCUCCACCCCUGGAACUGGAAAACACCCACCAGGACCCAGACCCCUGCCUCUUUUUGGGAACCUGUUCCACCUGGACCUGAAGCGGCUUGAUGUGUCUCUCUGUGAGCUGUCUAAGAAAUAUGGAUCUGUGUUCACUUUACACUUGGGCCCAAAGAAGGUGGUUGUCCUGGCAGGCUGCAAGACCAUCAAACAGGCGCUGGUAAACUACGCAGAAGAUUUUGGAGACCGGGAAAUUGCACCCAUAUUUAGAGACAGCUUGCAAGGACACGGUGUUCUGUUCACCAACGGAAACUCCUGGAAGGAGAUGAGACGCUUCUCCCUCACCAACCUGCGAGACUUUGGAAUGGGCAAGAGGGGGGGUGAGGAGAAGAUCAUUGAGGAAUGUCGCCAACUCACCGAGGUGUUCAAGAAUUUUAAAGGUGAGCCUUUCAACACCAUUCAGCCUCUGAAUUACUCUGCCUUCAACGUAAUCAGCGCCAUCAUGUACGGCUUCCGCUUUGACUACACUGACCCCGCCUUCCAAAAAAUGGUCGACAGCACCAAUGAAAAUAUCCAGCUGUGUGGUUCAGCGGAAAUACUGGUGUACAACAUGUUCCCCUGGCUGCGCUGGUGUUGUGGCUGGUGGCUGAUGAAUCGGACCCAGAUUUUGAAGCAGGACAAAUGCAACAUCAGCAAGAUUAAGGGGUUCGUGCAGGGACUGAAGGACACACUCAACCCCCAGGACCUCAGGGGAUUUGUGGACUCCUUCCUAGUUCGGCAGCAGGAGGAGUCAGACCAGCCAGGUUCCUACUUCCACAACGACAACCUGCACUAUACUGUCUACAACCUGUUUGCAGCAGGGACAGAUACCUCUGCAACCACCCUGAGAUGGGGCCUGCUGCUGAUGGCUAAGUACCCGCACAUACAGGACCAGGUUCAGGAGGAGCUGAGUCGGGUCAUUGGGGACCGGGAACCCCGGAUGGAGGACCGGAGGAACCUGUCCUACACCAACGCCGUGAUCCACGAGACCCAGAGACUGGCUAACAUUGUACCCAUGAGCCUUUUCCACACCACCAGCUGUGACGUCACCUUCCAGGGACACUUCAUCAAGAAGGGAACUACGGUGAUCCCACUCCUGACGUCAGUGCUGCAGGAUGAGGAAGAGUGGGAGACCCCCCACAGCUUCAACCCUGGCCACUUCCUGGAUGAGAAGGGCUGCUUCAUCAAGAGAGAUGCCUUCAUGCCCUUCUCUGCAGGGCGACGGGCCUGUCCGGGAGAGAGCCUGGCCAGGAUGGAGCUCUUCCUCGUCUUUACUUUCCUCCUGCAGCGGUUCCGCUUCACACCACCACCGGGGGUGUCUGAGGAUGAGCUGGACCUGACACCAUCUGUGGGGUUCACCCUCAGCCCUUCUCCCCACCAGCUGUGUGCUGUGAGCCGGGCCUAAACCCCACUCCAGCUAUGUGCUGUGAGCCGGGCGUAAACCCCACUCCAGCUGAUGGGUGUGAAUCUCACCUUUUCUGUUCUUCACCAAACCUUUCUUGGUCACAGGAACUUUUGUUUGACUCACAGUAUAAGUGUCAGCUAUAUUAUUAAAUGUAUUUCUCCCCUCUGGAGACCUUUCUUUAGCUUUUCUCUUUAUUCCAGGUUUCUUCAACUACUCACUGAUGAGGUCAUCUUAAGCGGUACAUAUGGGCCAAAUCCACAUUCCCUCACAGAGUAUUAUGAUGGUUGUUUUCAAAUGAAUUUAAUCCAUCCAUUUCCUGAAUUUACUCAGAAGAAAUGGACCCUACCUUGACUCCAGCUUUGAGACUGAAAUGUUAAAUUCUUUACGAUACAUGUAGACUGUAGACUUUAUUUGAUUAUUUCAGAAAGUGCUUCAAUGGUUAAAAUAGAGUUGCGGUCAUUUAGCAUUUUAGUGUCAUUUCCACUGACCCUUGGAAUGCAAAGUAUUGAUGUUUUCCGUAAGUGAUCAGCCCCUGCAUAUAUUCAAUCACUGCAAUCAGAAGUUCUGCUACUUCGGGAUGCCUGGCACCUCCCCCUCGCCGCACCUGCACUUCUAUGCCAUAUGCCAUAGAUUAUAAUAGCAUUCAUAUUAUUAGGGAGGAUUGCGCUAGUUCGGGGUAGGGUAUUGACACUAUACUAGAUGGUAUAUCUGUAAGAAUAUAUGACGAAGGAGAGAUGGUGUUGAAUUCUGUAUAUUUCCAGCAUUGAUAUUCAGUGUUGCAAUACAAACAGGGGUAUAGAGAGAGUCUGAAAGAAUAAAAUAAAAAUACAAUUAGGAUCUUAUUUCUUAACAGUAAAUCCAUAACUCUUAGGUACAUAGGACGUAUCUGCAUUCACAUACAAAUAAUAUUUCUGUAGCUCAUUUAUAUAUAAAUGCAUUAACAUUAUGCAUCUGAUGCUUAAAUCAUACGCUGGAAACACAUACAACACUAAUUCUCUUCAAUGGUACUGCAUAAUGUGUCAAGACAACACAUGUAGUCUUUCUUCCAUACGGUAAUACUAUGCUCAUUGGUAGUAGAAACGCCAGACGGUAAUUCCUAAACUACACACAGAAUACAGCACUCUCGGAGAAAUCUUACACUAUAUUACUUAAAGGAAAUGAUAACAAGAGCAAGUUUAACUGUACUAGCUAACGGGUUGCAAACACGUGUUGAUGAACUCAACAAACAUCAUAUUACGACAAACUUACUUAUCGGCAGUGACUCGGAACACUCGGAAUAUCGAGAGUGGAUUACUUGGGAUAACUACGAGGAUAAGUGCAGCAGGUAAACAACUUUAGCUCAUUUGUCAGAGCGCGCUGAGUCGGCACAUCUGCUCAUCGCUGCAGGCACAGGAAAAAGGAAAGGAACCAAGUAGGAAACACGUGAAUUGAACACACAAACAUAUUGCGACAAAUGAAGAAUCGCGGGAAGGCAUAUAAUCGUCAAGCCUUUUCUACACAUAUACAGUUAUUGUUUGACUCUGGAUAUUCUAGGUGCCAACUGUAGUAUGCUCGUUGAUGUAUUCUCCAAGUUAGUUGAUGUGUUCUUCAAGGGUUCAAAAUCCAUGUGGUCACGCUAGGACUCGGAACCGUACUUUCCAUCACAUUUGUCCCUGUGUUCGAUUUGCACUUCCUUGUGCACAUCAUGAUGAAUAUAAAUAUUUAACGGGUUCAGCUGAUUCAGAUUCAAACCAAAGGAAACAAGGCCUCACCUCCCUCGUUCUUGACACACAAACCCUUGUGCUCCUUUCAACAAAAAUGCAACCACAAAGAAAUGAUCAUUUCUGUCUAUUUGCUAAAAAACACUAUUCUUAAAUUCACUACCAUCCAUGUAAAAAUGAACUGUGCAAUCUGUGUCUGAACUUAAGGAAAUAAAGGUUUAAAUCUG